CGCGACAGCAGCGCGGUCAUCCUCAGCGAGGGGGCCCACCUGCUGUCCCGCUGCGCGCUGCAGUGGCUGCGAGACGAUGAGCCGGCGGCUCGAGAUGAUUAGUGCACAGCUGGAAAUAAAGGCGGACCUGUAACACCUGAACGGACUCUUACCCGCGCGACACCGCACGCGCGCACGCACGAGCGACGCGAUUACGCACUCUCCACCCCGGGGAGACCCAGAGAUGAUGUCCCGUGUGCCGGGCGGCGGCAGGACAACCGGCACCUUUUUGUCUGCUUGUCUGUUCUCCGCGUGUCAAGCCCUUCGGAAUUGCGGGGAGGUCCAGUGCGGCGAUGGCCACCAGUGCUGCCCGCCCAUCGUCACUGGGAACGGCAGCUCCGCGGUGCACUGCUGCAAGCUCCCCAUCCACAUCUUCUUCGACAACGUCGGCUGGUUCACGCGGAAGCUGUCGGGCAUCCUGAUCCUGUUGCUGCUUUUCGCCAUGGGCUACUUCAUUCAGCGGAUCAUCUGCCCGCGGCCCCGCCGCCACCCAGCCAAUGACCGCAGCGAGGAGCCCUCCCUCUUUCACGGGGGGCACCCGUCGGUGUCCCAGGACUCCCUACUGGACCGGUACCCCGAAUACAGCCUCGGGGACUUCGCCUCUCCGAACCUGCCAGCAUACGAUGAGGUCAAAAAUUUGCCCACGUAUGAGGAGAGCAUGCAGGAGAUGCACAGAGACCGGUCCGAUGACAACUUGCUGUCGGGAAGCGAGAGGGGAGGUGAGGGCAGGGGGCGAGCGGCCGGACCGAGAGCCGGGGACCAGAGGCGGGAUGUCCUGGAGGGGUCGGGACCGCAGCGCAGCCCGAGGACAUGUCGGAACUCGGUCUGAGACAAUGAGGCAUUCUUAUUUUAAUAGAAUCAGGGUCAUUGUCUUGCAGAGAUACACUGAAGUGCAAUUGUAAUCCUGAAUGUUAAGAAUAAAAGGAGGAGGCUGAGA